GUCGUUGUCGGAUCGAGAACAUUUCAAACUCAACAUUUUGCGCUGAGUCGCUUUCUUCGGAUACAAUAUCAACGAUAAAACCAUGUCGGCUCCUGCCAAGCCUCCAUUUAAAUUAGACUUUGAGAGACUGAAGCAGACUUUUAUCGAGAUUUGUCCGGACUUCAAGGAGGAGACGCGCUUUGAGGUGGCCACUGUCAGUUGUCGUUUCGCCCAGGACGUGAUCUUUACGUACAGCAAGGAAGCCAAAGCUGCCAAAGCCCAAAACAAGGACGUGGGCUGGUCUAUGCGACUGAAUGUUGAAAAUGCCAAGGGUGUCAGUUUCCGUAGCGAAGUCUACAUACAGACGCACUUUGUCCGCGAAUCUCCACAGCAUCAGCCAUUCAUAAUCAGAGAUCGCCUGCUUUUGUCCUUCAAGCAGGCUAGUCUGCUGGCGGUGGAGAAAUACUGUCAACUAGUUCCACACCAUGUGAAGCGGGGUGAAGUGAUCCUCACGCCCCUAGCUGGUGCCAUCUUCAAUGUAGAGGAUAUUCCCAAAUUGGCGGCGGCGCUUCAAGAACCACUCGCCGAUGUGGUGAUGGCCGUCAUCAGUAGCUGCCAAACCGAUGGAUACUACUUGACACACAGUCGCUGCCAUAUUGCACUCCUGGCACUCAUCAAGACCGUUGGGGAUCUGAAGAUGCGCGCCUCGCUCGUCAAGAAGACCAUCAAAAUGUAUCAGCAUCACGGCAAGGAGCUUCAAAUGGAACAGUUUCAGAGAUGGAGUACAAUCCUGAAGGAUUUAACCCCCACCAAGCAACGAUGCAAAAGCCAGAAUGAAGACUACGACAAGCUGGCCGAGCAAGUUCUGGGUUUCCAUCUUACAGCCAAGGAACCCCAAAUCCUGGAACCCAAGAGGUAUCCAAAAAUACCCAUGAAAUGUGCAGCAAACUUUCAAAAGCUCGAAAAGUAAAAACAUUUUGUAAUGGGAACUGAAUUACUUUUUCUUGAUUACAUGAGAUUUUUAAUCUCAGUUAUGUUCUCAUUAAAUCAAUUACAUUAUCUAUCUUUAAAUAAGGUUACUAUUUUAUGUAUAUUGUACUAUUUUUGUAAUAAAAUACAGAUUCUUGGGUUUAUUGAAAAA